AUGAAAUGGUUGCUACUCAGUGACCUGCACUUCAAGCAUCGGGAUUUGGACCGGAUACAACAGACAGCGCAAUGGAUUAUUGCACAAGCAAAGAGGAAUAACGUGGAGCGCGCGGUGAUAUGUGGCGACUUGCUCACCAGUCAAACCAUGCAAUCAACACAGGUGCUCUCCGCUUGCUAUCACUUUAUUAGCCUACUCAGCGACGUAGUACCGCGGAUUCACAUCGUGCUCGGAAACCAUGACCUGGCUUACCGCCGCGACUAUCAGACCACGGCUCUAAAUGCUCUCAAUAUCAAGCGACUGGCUCCCUUCGUGUCGGUGCAUAGUGUUGUAUCCUAUCAAGAAUGGGACGGCCGGAAUGUCUGCCUGUUGCCGUUUCGGGGGGAUCAGAGCGAGCUGAUAGACGCUGUCGCGGAUUUAAGCCCCCAGAAGGCGAGUGAGACAAUUGCUUUUGCCCAUCUCGCCAUUCACAAGGCAAUUACCCAGCGAUAUGUGGCCGAUUCUGGAGCCCAUAGUCCUCGCCAGAACAGCGCCAUAACGUACCGUGGCUGGACAGGCCCGGGUGGCUUUGCAUCUCUUGCCCGUACGUUCACAGGACAUUUUCACAGCCACCAGACAAUCACCCAAACGCAAUUCGGCAAUAGGAAGGGCGAUAUGAGAGGAAGCAUCACAUACUUAGGCUCUCCUUUGCAGCUGAAUUGGGCUGAUCUUCAUGACGACAAACGAGGCGUGGUCUUACUAGAUCCAGAGACGCUUGAGCAUAAACUGCUCACUAAUCCAUAUGCCAUAGGUUACACGACAGCUGAUCUGCAGCAAGUUCUGGAAGAUCAGGUCAACGAGAAUGCGGUAAAAGAUAAGCAUGUCAUGCUCACUGGCAAUAUUACUCUUCAGAAGUAUGUAGCAGCUCGUGAUAGACUUCUACGACUAGGUGCGAGGAGCAUUCGGGACUGGACCCCCAUACAGUUUUCUUCAUGUGCUGGCCGAACAUCAUCUGUGGUUGUCGGCACAUCAGUAACGGCGAAUGAUGUUGCUGCUCAGCAUCUGGACGAAACACAGACAGAGGGAAAACUACCAGAGGAAUCAAAGACCCUAUCUUCAGGCUCUGGAUCGAAGACUGAACUUCACGCUAAAACACUGGAUUUCUCGGUGGAGGUUCGUGAUUAUGUUGAGUCGCUGGAACUGGCUGGGUUUCUUGCUGCAAGAAAAGAGGAAUUAGUGCGGGUCGGCCAGCGAAUGAUCCUUGUUUCAUGCAGCAUUUCCGACCAAGAAAAAGAGAUAAGGAUGACUUAUAAAGACUUUCUCGAUGAGUCGCGUCAAGCUGUCGGUAUGGAAACUACAACUACGCUGGUAACGCCAUCUACACACGCUUUCGUAGCACACCCACUCCGGCUUACUAUCACCAACUUCCUUGGCAUACAGAAGACCAUUUCCAUUGACUUUCAAAAGGACGUUCGACGCGGUUUGACCUUCCUAGUUGGCGAUAAUGGCUCAGGCAAGAGUGCAAUUGUCGAGGCUAUGGUCUGGCGCCAGUUUGGACAUUGUUUACGCGGAGGGUUCGCCAACGACGUUGUCAACGACGACGCCGGUAAGAACUGCUCCGUUACUCUGGAGUUCACCAACGGAUAUUCUAUUACGAGAUAUCGAAAGCACAAAAUCCACAAAAACAGUUUCACCGUCUCAUUACACGGUAACCCACAACCACAGCUCGCAACGCAAACUGCACUUGACGAACUACUUGGUAUCGACUAUGAGACAUAUGCGCGAACAGUCGUACUGAGCCACGAGAGUGCAUCAAACUUUCUCAACUCAAAGCAGGCACAGAGAUACGACCUGAUCGAGGCAUCGCUUGGGCUAUCAGCACUGAAUCAGUGUUCGCAGAUAUCGAAGCUGCUGAUCAAAGAUAUCGAUGCCAGCAUGACUCGGGUGAAUACUGAGUUGAAGGUUUUGGCCCAGACUAUAAAUCACAAUGAGCACAGGCUACGGGAUCUCCGCAAGAAACAGAAAAUGUUAGAAUCCGAGGUGGCGCAUGCUUCCGAAUCUCUAAAUACAGCUUUAAGAGACCACCAAAGCAACAAAAUGCCGCCCGAACAACCUUGUGCAGGGUUCCAAGACAAGAGGCGGAUGCUUCAGACUGAAAUAUCCAACGAGGAGGAGAAUUUAUCAAGACUGAGAACUUCUUAUCGUCAAAUUUGGGAACGGUAUCAGGAUGAACGGCAGAUACAACUGGAACAGCCCCAGCACAAACUCGCUCAGAGACUUGAAGCUAUGGCCUCGACUCACCCAAUAGGUGCACAAAAAAUCUUUUUUGGCAUCGGAAUCUUCAGUCUUAAAUUCCAGUUGGUGGCCACAAGGGUACUCCAGCGUAUCUUUGGGAUCCCCAAAGAUGUCUUUCAGGAGAAAUGUUCCCCUCGAAUCAAGAACCAAGAGAAUGCAGUCUACUCUUUGCGCCAAGGCAUUGAGAAAAGCUUAUCGAGGCUAGAGACCUUGAGAGAUCAAGAAAAAGUUGCACUGCAAGUAUUGAGAGAUCAAGAGACAGCUAGAUUUGAGUAUACCAAGGCGACUAACAACUGGCUGGAACGACAUAUGAGGGCUCAAAGAGCAUGUGAGACCUUGCAGCAAAAGGUCACCAUCAAAAAGUACGAAGCAGCCACUUUUAAACAACUAGCCGAAGACGAGCAGUCGUCUCUGGUCGCCAUGCGCUCUGAAUUAAAAGUUCUCAACAAUAAGCUCGAAGAGCUCGCCUCUAACCGCGAACUCUUCAACUUUUGGGUAUUGGCCCUGGCCAAGCGCACUCGCCAAGCCUCUUCUUCCUCACCAGCGCUCAAAAGAAAAGAAACAUCAAACUUCCGCGAACACAUACUGGCGAAUUCGUUAUCACAGCUGAACGACCUCAUAAUUCAAGCCUUUGCUGUGCUUUAUGAUGAUACGCGCCAUGCGAACAUGGCUAAAGGGAUGCUACGUUCAUUAUUCGACUCUGAGUCUUCAAGUAUGCCCCUGGGAUCCGUUCUUGAUCCCACCCUUGCUAUUGACUCCUCCAUCGCCUAUAACAAACGUUCAAGUGGUGAGCGCAAGCGCAUAGACCUAGCUCUCUUCUUUGCUUUGUUGCAGUUGGCACGGGCGAGAAGCGCACACCGCGCGCAAUAUGUGCUUAUUGAUGAAGUCUUUGAUAACCUGGACCAGGCAGGACAGGCUGCUGUAGUCAGAUGGUGUGGAUUUAUGUCGCAGGCAGUGGCUGGCUGGAUCAUAGUGAUCACGCACAGUCAAUUCUUGAUCGAACAAAAUCUAGCAGAAGAGACAAGCAAAGGCUUGGUUGUGCGAGCAAAGAUGGGAGAAGAGGGAACGGAAUUGUUUAUUGAUGGGAAAAAGAUCGAGGUCACUGAAACUCCUUAG